AUGGAGUGUUUUUUGAAGUCGAAGUUGACUCAAUCAAUGACGGUGGGGCUGUGGAAGACCGACAUGACCAAUGGAUCGGCCGCAGUCGUUUUCAGAAGACUGCUCGAGCCUUGCCAGAUUUCCACAAGCUCGCCGAUGUCCAGUCAGCAGAACCUGCAGUCGCCAUGGAAGAUGCAUCGCGACGAGUUGCGGGCGGAGCUGCACAAGCGCCAAGUGCCCUUCCACUCUUCUUGGACGGUGCCGGAGCUUCGAGCGGUCCUGAUGGAGACCCGUGCUCAGGACCCAAACUGCCAGAAAGUCACGAACCCCAUGAAGGGCAUCUCAAAGAUGAAUCUGAGCGAGCUGACCCAAAUGGCUCGCGAUGCCCACAUCGAGCUUCCUUCGAAGCCCACACGCGGCUGGCUGAUCCUGGCUCUUCGCCAGGCCCGCUCCACGUCGGCAGAGACGGUGGUGCCUUUUGGGAAGUUCAAGGGUUGGAUGUAUCGGGAGAUCCCUUUGGGUUAUCGGUCAUGGGCCAUUGCGGAAGUGGAGACUGUGGGGGAGGCAGCGGCUCACCCCGAUCUGGUCCGCCUCGCAACUUGGGCCAAGGACAACUUGGAGACAACCGAGGAGGCUGCCAAGCAGACGAAGAGCUUGGCCAAGGACCCAGAAGCAGCUGCGAAAGUUCCGGUGCCCAAGCUCAGCGAUCUGGGUUACCGCAGCUCAGGCAGCGAUUGGAGCAAGGUGUCGUCGUGUCCGGCACCACGUCGGGCUCGCAACCGGCGAACCCAGCAGGAUGUGGAAGAACUGUCCUCGGACAUGGAGGAGGAAGAGAAGGGGACGGCCGAGCAGAUCGAAGCUUUGGAAAAGAGGAUUGCGGCCCUGAAGAAGAAGGACGCCCCUGAUGAGUCCUACGUCAUGAUCGGGGGCUAUGAGUCUGAGGAUGACGACAUGCAUGAUUGCUUGGAAGCUUUUGAGGAUGGGGAAACCACAAAGUAUGAGCAGGCCACUGAGGUUCAGGGGGUGCCUGCAUAUGUCAAGGGAGAUUGCUCUAGCAGGUCUGUGAAUGACUGCGGCUUGGAUCGGGAGUCGAAGAACAUUCCGAUCACUGAGCCCGAGGGUGUUCUUGUGAAUGACGACACUCUUGACAUUGAUGUGACCCCAUCGUAUGACCAGGUUUUUGACUAUGACACAGUCCCACAGUAUGAGCAGAACUUUGCAGGUGUCAAGGUUUCUGACGGCGUCUUCGACAGUCUUUCCUUUUUGACUGACGGCGUCUCCAGCAUGUUCUCAAAGGAGAAAGAUGGGCAUAUGGCCGGAGAAAGCCCGGGAGUGGGCAACAAUCCCCGGCAGAAGGCCAAGAUCGGCAUCCGCCGUCGGAGGAGGAUGAAAGAGGGCACGCUGAAGUCUUUGAAGCGUGCAGCUGGUGGUUUGGCACAGGUGUUUUUGGCCUGCACUCUUGCGAUUGGAGCUUGGGCCCAUGAGGUUGGAGUGGAACCCAUGAAAGAUGUGUGCGCUGUUUUCACACCAUCCAGAGACUUAGAACAGCGUCAGGCAAACUCAGAAUUGGUCGACUGCCUGGAACUUUUCGCUGGACAAGCUCGUGUCUCCGAAGCUUUUGCCAAGAAGCGUCGGGGUGUCCUACAACCUAGAGACAUUCGUUUUGGGCACGACUUUAGAAAGAGCCAGGUGAGGGACGAGAUACUGCAUGAGAUCAAGACCAAACGACCUGGCAUGGUAUGGAUGGCCCCACCGUGCACUUAUUGGUGUGGGUUCUCACGUCUCAAUUUUAGCCCCCAGGAACGACGACGACUUCGAGCGAAAGAACAAGUGCUCAUACAGUUUGUCGACGAGGUGAUUGAAACGCAGAACCUCCUGGGGGGCAUGGCCAUCGUGGAGAACCCAAGAAGCAGUGACAUGUGGAGACACUCCGCCCUCCAACGUUGGAUCCUGAAGCCCGACAUUCACCUGGCCAAAGUCGACCUGUGCGCCUAUGGCAUGGUCAGCAGUGAUCAUGCAGUACCUAUGCGGAAACCACUUUCUCUUCUUUGCAACAAUGGGCGUUUUGCCGAGCACAUCACCAAGCUUUGCGAUCACAGCCAUGAACAUCAGACGGUCCAAGGCAAUGAGACCGCCAAAUCGGCCGUCUACCCCACUGCGUUUGCAAAUGCGGUGGUCAGGGCCUACGAUGCAGGUCGAACGCCCCAGUUCAAAGAGGUUUUGAUGACCGGCGAGGUGAUUGAGGACAUGGCACCUGAAGAGCCUGCGGGCGCCGACGCCAUCUCCUUCAAAGGCAAGGUCAAUCCAACAGUGGCCAGCGCAUUGAAGCGCAUACACCAGAACCUUGGCCAUCCCAACAACAGGGAUCUGAUCAAGCAUUUGCGCCUUGGCGGAGCACCAGCCAGCGUUCAGCGAGCAGCUGAACAAAUGUCCUGCCGGACAUGUGACCGCAGCAGCAAAGCCAAGCUGCAGCGGGUGGCCGCUCCAGUCACUAUGCUGGACUUCAACGAGGCAGUUGCAGCAGACGUCAUUUGGAUCGAUGCUGCAGAUGAGAAGAACAAGCCGUGCCUCAACAUGAUCGACCUGGCGUCCACUUAUCAGGUUGUAGUCCCGCUGGUCAGCACGAAAUCAGAGGACCUGGCCAAAGCCUUUGUCAACGGCUGGAUCAGCUGGGCCGGGGCCCCAAAGCACCUCUUGAUCGACCUUGAGACCGGGUUCAAAGACAAGUUCCUCACCAUGCUGGAUCAGCGCUGCGUGGUAGUGCAAUGCGCCGCCGGGCAAGCUCACUGGCAAAAUGGCGUGGCCGAGAGACAUGGUGGAAGUUGGAAACUGAUUUGGGCCAAGCUGGUGGAAGACCACCUCGUCAUGGCCGAAGAGAUGGAUGAGGCCAUUGCAGCGGUCAACGACUCCAAGAACCAGCUUAGAAACCGUAGCGGCUAUAGCCCACGACAAUGGGUGUUUGGGACCAACAAGCGAGAGACGGCAGACCUCUUUGACGGUGACCAUGAGGCAGCAGCCAACUUUGCCGCCAGCACGGACGCCAAGUUCAGCAGGACUCACAUCUUGCGCAAUGGCGCCCGUAUGGCAUUCUUCCAGGUCCAGAGCAAAGAGGCCUUGAGCAGAGCUGUAGCUCACAAGCCUCGGGUGGAGCCGCGCAGCUUUGAGGUGGGCGAGCUCAUCUACAUCUACCGGGAGACAAAACAAGGCCGUAGCAAACGACCUACUGCCUCUUGGGUUGGUCCUGCCGUUGUCAUUGGCAGAGAGGGUCAGAACUAUUGGGCAGCAAGAGGUGGCAGAUGCCUCUUGGUGGCUCCUGAACAUGCCCGAGAAGCCAAUCACGAGGAAGUGAGCGAGAUGCUCAGAUUGAAAGCCGCCAUGAAGGAGCUCAAACAAUUCAUCCAAGCACCGGAUGAUGACACUUAUGAGCCCAUUGACGAUGGUGAUGCACCUGGCCCAUUGGAAAUGGAGGUCGACGAUGGCGGCUCCUCACAUCAACCUCCCAGACCCGACAGCUUACUGGACAUGGCGGCCAAUCGGGAAGACAUGAUCCGAACAUCCGUCAGAAGAACCAAGCUGUUGGAUGAUGUCCCUGAAGGCAUCAAGAGGGCAAGGAUUGCCACCCCUGCUCAAGCCUCUCAUCAAGCCUUUAUGAUGAAACACUGCUCAUCUGCCAAAGCUCAAGAGAAACAGCUGGAGAAAGAGCUUCCUUGGGGAUUGAUCCCACCUGAUGAGAAGCCACUCUACAUCGCUGCAGAGGACAAACAGUGGAAAGAACAUGUUGAUUUUGGUGCGGUGAAACCUUUAUCCAUUGAAGAGAGCGAGAGGGUGCGGAGAACCGUGGACCCCAGCCGGAUUCUGAGAUCCCGCUUUGCCUACAAGGACAAGAACCACGCAAAGCGGAAGAAAGAUCCCACUCUACCAUGCCGGCCUAAAGCACGACUUUGUGUCGCCGGGCAACAUGAUCCCGACCUCGGACGACAAGACAUGUCGGUGGAUGCUCCAACUACGGGCAGGCACAGCAUUCUUUUGGCUCUGCAGUUAGCCCUGUGUCGAGGCUGGCUGGUUUCUGUGGGCGACAUCCGAGCUGCGUUUCUCAAUGGCAUCCCAGCACCACGGCAGCUAUAUUUCAGCCAGCCCAAGAGGGGCAUCAGGUCUUUAGACCCCAAACAAUUGAUCGAAGUGGUGAAGGGAGUUUUUGGUUUGAGCACAAGUCCCAAACUUUGGUGGUUGAAGCUGUCUCAAGACCUCAAGACUUUGGAGAUCGUUUGGAAGGGUCGGACCCUGAAGGUCGAACAGAACCCAGUUGACCCAUGCGUUUUCAUGUUUAGGGACUUUGAGCAUGAUCAAACACUUGGACUCCUCCUUACCCAUGUCGAUGACCUGAUGCUGAUGGCUGAUGGUGAUCUUUCCUGGCACAUCCAACAGAAACUUCAGGAGCGGUUCCCAGUAGAUGAAUGGCAAUCUGGAGACUUUGAAUACGUCGGGUGCGAAUACCACUGCACUCCUGACGAGAUCCAGAUUCACCAAAGCAGUUAUGUGGAGGGCCGAGUCAGCAAGGUCACUAUACCAAAAGAUGGUUUGGUUUCUCGCGAUGCGCGAGAAGAGAAUCGCACUUCCAUAGGGUCUCUUUCCUGGCUGGCCAAACAAACAAGACCAGAUUUGCAAUUUGCUGUCUCUCAGGCUCAGAAGAAGCAGAAUGACCCCAACUUGGAAGACCUGAAAGCCACCAAUAGAGCUGUGGCUUCAGCAUCUCGACACCAGGACAAGGGCAUCGUUCUGAAAAAGAUGAAUGAAUCGGACAUCAUCUUUUUGGCCUACCACGACGCUGCGUGGGGCAACGCUGAUGUGGAUGAUGGUGACCCUCAAUGGUUGGGUGGUCAUCAAGUUGCAACACAAAUUGCCACUCUGACCUUACUAGCAGAGAAAAGGUGUCUGCUGAAUCAGAAGGGCAAGUUCAGCGUCAUGGAUUGGAAGAGCAAGGGGUGCCAGCGAGUGUGCAGGUCAACCUUCGCUGGUGAGACUAUGGCCUGCUGUGAGGCUACUGAGUCGACCAUCUACUUGCGGGGGCUUUACCUCUCCAUGAUCCAUGGCAGAAUCAUCCCCGAAGCGGAAUGUGGAAGGCACAUUGAGAUGCACUUUGUGACAGACUGUAAGAGUUUGUACGAUCACAUACACCGAGAAGGCAUUCCGAAAGCUCCUACCGAGAAGAGACUGGCGAUUGACCUAGCAGGGCUUAGGCAGAUCCUUAUGGUUGAAGCUGAACACCAAUGGCGACGGCUUCAUGGGCAAGAUGCGAAGCUCACUCCGCAGAGGCCAUGUCGGCCUCCGAUCCACUGGCUCCCUACUGAUGAACAACUUGCCGAUGUGCUGACAAAGAUGAUGUCAGCGGAUGAGUGGUGGAACGUCAUUUUUGCGGGUGAAAUUCAAUUGCCUUUGAAAUUAUCUCAGGCCAACAAAUAG